GCUCUCGCAACCCCAGCGAACUGCAUUGCCGAAUUUUCUUUGAUUCCAAUUGGUUCCCUACUUAAACACCUCAAUGUCUUCUUUGCGCAGCAGAUAGCCGACAUCCAACGCCUGAUGCAGCAAUCCGGUCUCAAGUAUCAAGUGCAUGCAACGGGGACGACAAUUGAAAGACCAUGGGACCAAGUCUCGCAGAUUAUCGGCUUCGCGCAUACCCUCAUUCACCACCAGGGUAUCGUUUGGAUCCAGACCGAUAUACAGAUU